CGCCCGCCUCGCCGCGGAGCGCGAGCGGUCGGAGGGUGCAGGACCAUCCGGCCGGCGGGCGGGGAGGGCGGCCAAGUGAGGGCGGAGCGGCCCUGGGUGCGGGCAGGCGUACCAUGUACACCAUCACCAAGGGGCCCAGCAAGCUGGUCGCACAGCGCCGCACAGGUGCGCCCAGCGGUCGGGAGCGCGGGCGGGCGCUGGCAUCGCGGACCCGCGGCUACUGACGUGCCCUCCCCGCGCCCGUAGGUCCCCCGCAGCAGCAGGUGGAGAGCAGGCUCGGUGAGCUCCUGAAAUGCCGGCAGCCCGCGCCGCCGGCUUCGCCACCCCCGCGGGCUCAGCCCUUGGCGCCGCAGCCCGGACCCUGGCCCUUGUCGAGUGCCCCUCUCACCUGAGGAGGAACCCAGAGCGGCGUGGGGCACCUGAGCCCAGGAAGGCGAGCAGGCCGCCCGGGACCGCGAGUGCCUGGUGGAGCGGCAGUCCAGGGCCAAGACUUGUGUUCAAUCGAGUGAAUGGCCGGCGGCCCCUCACCACAUCCCCAUCUCUUGAGAGAACCCAAGAGACCUACACACUGGCCCACGAGGAGAAUGUCCGCUUUGUGUCCGAAGCCUGGCAGCAGGUGGAGCGACAGCUGGAAGGUGGCCAGGCCAGUGAGAGUGGGCCAAGGCCUGUGCAGUACGUGGAGAGGACACCCGAUCCCCGGCUACAGAACUUUGUGCCCAUCGACCUGGACGAGUGGUGGGCACAGCAGUUCCUGGCUAGGAUCACCAGCUGUUCAUAGUGGCUGCCUGGGAAUGAACACUGCCAAGAUGAACCCUUGGCCAGAGAAGGCCACGAUAUCCUCCACCUUGUGGUCGGCUAGAAGCUGGCCUCACCUGAAGUGCCACAUUUGGACUUUCGUACCUUUGGUUCCUUGGCCCAGCUGUCCCAAGCUGGCAGGGGCCAGAAGUGGAACCUGUCUGACCUCAGUCCGGCUCACUGCCCAGGGACCAGCCCCUGGGGCUGGCAGGGAAGAGCUGCAGGCUAAUAAAGUUGAGAAACUGCCCUUUGGAGUGGCCUUGA